AUGACCAGCCCUGGGGAUGUGAUCCUGGGAGCAUCUCUGCCCUUUCAUGGUAGUACCUCUGGGACUCCGUGUAGCGGAUCAUUCAGUCGUUGGGCUAAUGAGUUGGCUGCUCUGUUUUUGUUUGCAAUCGAACAGAUCAAUAAUCGUGCAGAUCUCUUGCCAAAUGUCACCAUCGGUUACGACAUUCGCGACAACUGCUACUCAGAGACUCUAUCGUUGUGGACUGCUUUCAGCCUGGCUAGUACAUCGGAGAAACCCCAGGAGGACGUCCAGUUCCCAAAGAUCAGCCCGCCAAACAACGGCAGUCUACUGUGCAUCAUAGGGACACAAACAAGCUCAACUACCAUUCCCACAGCUCAAGCUGCUAGCUUGUAUCGGGUCCCUGUCAUCUCCCCGUUCGCGACGAGCAACGAGCUGAGCGACAAGCGCCGGUUCCCUUAUUUUCUUCGCACUGUACCCCCGGACAGUCUCCAAGCCACAGCAAUCGCUGACAUUCUGUUGCGAUUUGGGUGGAAUUGCCCUGAUAACGCCAUUGUUCACGACAAUAUGUGCCAGCAAUGCCCCGAGGGCGAGUGGCCGGAGGACAGUUUCACAGCUUGCCGCGUCAUUAUACCGACCCCGCCCAGCUGGAGCGAGCCCACAGUCAUUGCCAUCCUGAUCCUGUCCGCCUUUGGACUAGUCCUGUCCCUUCUGGCAGCGUUCGGAAUCUACUACUACCGAGGACACGUGCUGAUCAAAGCCGCCAGUCGUGAACUGAGCAUUAUCAACAUCUUAGGGCUCACGCUGGCCUUCUUAGCUCCCUUUCCACUUCUGGUUCCACCGACUGCUGUCUCGUGCCGUGCAUCAGAGAUCAUCGUCGCUCUGUGUUUCACUCUGACGUAUGCCCCAACCCUGCUGAAAGUCAAUCGCAUUUACAGGAUCUUCAACGCCGGGAAGAAGUCCAACAAACGUCCUCGCUACAUUGGUCCCAAGGUGCAACUCAUCUUCGCUCUCGGUAUCGUUGCAUUGACGGUUGUAGUUGCCAUGGCUGGUACCAUAGCAAACCCAACCUUACCAGCUAAACUUUAUUUCUACCCUCGACGUAACUACAUUGAGGUAUUCUGCCAGUUUGGGAACGGUUUCUUGGCAUCCCUCGUUUCCAAUCUCCUCUUGGUCUUGGCCUGCUGUUACUACGCUUUCAAGGCUCGCAAGGUGCCCAGCAACUACAACGAGUCCAAGUUCAUCGCUAUCAGCGUGUACUCUACGUUGGUUUUCGGCAUGGCGGCUGUCCCCGUCUACAUCACGGCCGCCACCGUUCUACAGAAGGUUGCGACACUGUGCGUUGCCAUACUGCUCAAUGCCUUCUUGACGCUGUUCUGCGUCUACUUACCGAAGCUAUACGCCAUCCAGCUGGCCAGGGAUGUUCAGGUGAGCGAAUGGAAGGUUCGAGAUGAUGUCACCGGCACAACCGCCGUUUCCUCUGCGUCCAGCACUAUCAAAGUACAGCCAGUUUCUGAUAACUACCGAAAGUGA